CAAUUACAAAAACCAACUGAAUGUGAAAAGUUGCCUAUUACCGACCUAAAAUAUUAACAAUUUCACUCUCUGACUGACCUUAUUGUCUUACAAAUGCUUUUCUGCAAAAAUAGUAGUCGCUGAACCGUAUAAUAAUGUGGAAUGCAUAGUAAUGAAAAAUUAACAAAAAAAAUAUAUAUCGGCAAAAAUUAAAUCCACUAAGACUCUCCAGAACUUGAAGUUCAUGCUAGUAUUUCACAAAUAACGUCAUCGCGACGACACAAUUUCAAUGAACCACAAAUGGAGUGAAGCAGUAAACGCUCAUAAAACCAACAUAAAACAAACACACUUAAACUUUUAAAUAAGCGGGCAGACAAAUAGCUAGUCAACAAGACAUACUCACAUACACAUGCCGCUGAACGUACAGACCAAGUGACUAUAAAGCCACAGCAAGCAUGAGGAGGGGCGCGAGCGUAGGAAAAAAGAAAUGGCUUGUUGAAAGAGUUCGAAGACCACAAGGAACGCGAUGGAUUAUACUCGCAGCAAUGAGAAUAAAAUAUAAAUAACUUUAGCAGCAUAAGAUGUAUGUAUUACAAGUAUGUAUGUGCCGAUGGGCGCUUUCAGAUACAUACACACGGAUAAUAAAUAGCAACAGCAACAAUAGCAGGCUUUUAUAGCGCAAAGAUAUUAAACACCAAAAAAAAAAACACAUUAACCAAUUGAAUUCUAGCAACAGGCCACAUCAGUUGCAGCAGCAGCAGUGAUAGUUCCAGCCGCAGCAUCGCCAGCAGCAGCAGCAACAACAGCAGCAGAAGCAGUGAGGUGGUGCCGCUGUGGGAGGCAAAAAGUAACAUAGUGAAUACCGCUGACUGCUUACAGAAUUCCAUUAUCUUAGCAGUGAUGUGUCUGCAUUCACUUAUCCGGUUCUGGUGCUCAACUCCAAAUGGUGUGAACUAGUAUAAAUUAAAUUUAAGAAAUUCGCAAGACGUGUCGCAAUAAACGCAGUGAAUCAAAACAACAAAUCGAUCUAAGCGAUCAAUAAACAAACAAAGCUAAAAAAUCCAAACCCAAAAAAUUAUCUACCAUUCCCUCCAGCUGUUUGAAUCGUGAUCGCAAGCAUUGUAUCGAUGAGUUACUUUUAACACUAAAUUGUUAAUAUUUUUCAUUAGCAACAUCAAAUGGAUUUUCGAUGGAAAUAAAAUAAUAAAAUAUGUGAGAUAAUAAAACAUUAAGUGAAAAAACGAAAUCAUAAUACAAGUUUGCACAAAUCAACAAUUGCGUAAAAUUCAACAACAAAAUUUUAUAGAAAAAAAAAAAAAACAUAAAAGAGCAAAAUAAGUAAGAGCGAAUUAAUCGUAGACACUCCUCACCCCCUACAGUGCGCGAUUGCAAUCUAUGGCUCUACAAUAAAGUGAAAAGUGUACUAAAAAUAAAUAGCAGAAUCAGCACAAAAUAAAGGUGAAGCACAAAGCCGAAAAUGGAUUGGAAAGAGCAACCGGCCGUUAAUGAUAUCGAGCAAUUUCUACGCGAUGUACGCGAACAUUUUAGAGCCUCACUGGAGACUUCCGAAUAUGAGAACACGUCAAAUAUGUUUCAUGCCACCGAGGCGGAGUCAACCCUAAAUCUUUUGUUACGCUGCGAACUACUCUUGGCGAACUAUUCGAAGGAAGAUGCAAGUAAAACAACAACACCGCUCAAUAACAAUCAAUUUAUUGUCAACGGAAAAGUGAAGUCAAACGAAGUCAAUGAAGGCAUCAAUGGCGGCAAUGGGGUCAACGGCCUGCCAAUGCAAACGAGGACAAGUGAUGUGGGCACUCAAUGCAAUAAUGCAACAAAGAACGUAUCUAAGCAGACACAACAGCAGCAUGAAGACGCCUCUUAUUUGGACAUGAGCGGAGGCGGCAAAACUUGUGGCAAAAAAUCGUCCAGUUGGUAUGGUGACUGGAAUAAUGAGACGAAAAGCGAUAAAACUUUCCGGUGCUCGGCACGACUUAGCAACAAAACCAACAGCCUAGCGUACAGUGAUGAUGAUUUCGAUGACGACGAAGAUAAUGAGGACGAUAGCGAGGGCGAUGAGAAUGACAAUGGCUCCCAAAAUUACGAUAUUUGCCAAGUGUCAAGCCACGAUAGAGAUGAGACACAGAAGGCCAUAACACCCGAACUCGAGCCGAUGCAAGCGGUGGAUUGUCCCUAUAUGGAUUUGCCGGCUGGUCACCUCUCCAUCGAGCAUGCCACCAAAUAUGGGCAGCUGCAACGUGUCGAAAAACGUUUAUUCUUCGAUCAGUGUAAAAAGUAUUACUGUGGUGUGCUCAACGAUUGGCUGCUGUGCUAUGCCGAUGGGCCUACUGCAGCACACCCAACGGUUACAUUGUAUUUAAAGCACAGUGGCAUCGAAAUCGAGCACUACGGCGAGGGCAAACGACGUGAAGUGUGCUUCCAGAUCACCACUGCCGAUCCCAACAAGAAAUUCCUUUUCCAAGCCAAUAGCGAGGUAGAUGCCAAAGAAUGGAUCAUCGCAGUAGAAGCGGCUAUACGUGGUGACACAUCACCCGCUAGCAACAUGAAGAGCAGCGCUAGAAAACUGCCAACACCGCCCAUUGUCAAGAAGAUGACAUUCAUGGGUCACAUGAGUCACGCGCCAAUUCAUGACUGCAUAUACGAAGAACCCUCACCGCUCUUUCAAACAGACAAACCACACAACAGACCAGCUAAUUUGCCAAUGAAGAAGGAAGCAUUCUCCUCGCUUGAUAUGGCCAACUGCUUUGAAUACGACGUGCCGAAGUGUCCACCCCAGCCAAUCAAAACGGUCAGCAUUAAUCACACCGAAGCGGAAACCGCAGAGCUAUUAAAUUUAAGUGAGCACAGCGCACUUAGCGCCGAGAAAAUCGAGUUCCAAUCCAUUGUGAAGGAUGUGCACAGCAAGUUGUCUAGUCAGCUGUCGGCCUGCCCAACGCCGGAACGCUUAAAAAAGGCCGCUAAAAAGACUUACUCCGGCAGCAGCGCUAGCGAUGUAGAAGCUGUGGCGCUAACACCCACCUCUCCGGCUACGUUGAAGGAGCACAAGAAGCAACGUAAAUCGACCACGCCAAAUGGCAGUCCACAAAAGAGCAACAAUAGUGGCAUUAACAAUCAAAACAACGCGAACACCAACACCAACACCACCAACAACAAUAAUGCGUGUGGCAACGAGCGUACAGCGGUUAAAAGUUGGUUUUUUAAUCGGCUGAAUAAGACAACCUCGUCGGGUCGCAGUACCAGCUCAUCGAACUCCAAUUCAUCGUCGCCAGCCAAAUGCAAACAAAGCGAAAAGGAAAAUCUACUUCAGAGCCUCGAACUGAAUGACAUGAUCGAUGGUAGUGGCGGCAGUGAUUCUCUAAACAACACUGGCAGCAAUCCCGCUUCACCAAUACUAAAGAAUCCAUCGUCGGGCGUUAGUGCGGGCGUCGACAGCACCAUGAAGAGUAAGGUCGAUCUGAUAAUCAAAGAGUUCGAGACAAGUGCGCACAUGGGCAUACUCACCAUGGAAACAUUGGCGGGCAGUGCGGUGGCUUCGCUCAGUUCCUUCUGCGACAAUGACUGCAAUAAUUAUGAGCCUAUUAUGACUGUCACAACACCGCCCAACAGUUUUUUGAAGAAAAUUUAAUUGGCGGCAGGCGGCCACAGCAAGUUGGUGUGAACAAAGUAAGAACAAGGCUGGAUGGUGCAUGGCGUGAUAGGCACUCGAAUGAUUUCUAUUAUUAAUUUUCUAACUCGAUAAUAUUUGGUUAGAGUAGCGCACUUGUAAAAUCCCAGUCAAGCGCGUGAACAAUAAGAGUAUUCAUUAUUUUUAUUAAAGAACUGUUCUUUGGAAUAAACUA